AGGUCCUUCGCCCCGGCUGGGAUCUGUCUUUUCUGGUUCGCUGAAUCCGUGGCUCUUUAUCUGGCUGCUCAGUGCGUCUCUUUUCCCCAGGGGUGGGAAUUGCGCCCUCAUGGCUGAAGUGAAGGUGAAAGUGCAGCCGCCUGACGCGGAUCCAGUUGAAAUAGAAAACAGGAUUAUAGAAUUAUGUCACCAGUUCCCUCAUGGAAUCACAGACCAAGUAAUUCAGAAUGAAAUGCCUCAUAUAGAAGCCCAGCAGCGGGCAGUGGCCAUCAAUAGACUUUUGUCCAUGGGUCAGUUGGAUCUCUUAAGGAGCAAUACAGGCCUUCUGUAUAGAAUAAAGGAUUCUCAAAAUGCUGGUAAAAUGAAGGGAUCAGAUAACCAAGAAAAACUAGUAUAUCAAAUCAUAGAGGAUGCAGGAAAUAAAGGAAUAUGGAGCAGAGAUAUCCGAUACAAAAGUAAUUUGCCAUUAACAGAAAUUAACAAAAUUCUAAAGAAUUUGGAAAGUAAAAAACUUAUCAAAGCUGUUAAGUCGGUGGCAGCCUCAAAAAAAAAGGUGUAUAUGCUCUAUAACCUGCAGCCAGACCGGUCUGUGACUGGUGGAGCCUGGUACAGUGACCAGGAUUUUGAAUCUGAAUUUGUAGAGGUGCUUAACCAACAGUGUUUUAAAUUCCUACAAACCAAGGCAGAAACAGCACGUGAAAGUAAACAGAAUCCGAUGAUACAAAGAAAUAGUUCAUUUGCUUCAUCACAUGAAGUGUGGAAAUAUAUCUGUGAAUUGGGGAUCAGUAAGGUAGAGUUGUCCAUGGACGACAUUGAAACCAUCUUGAAUACACUCAUAUAUGAUGGGAAAGUGGAAAUGACUAUCAUCGCUGCAAAAGAAGGCACGGUUGGAAGUGUAGAUGGACACAUGAAACUAUAUAGGGCAGUCAAUCCAAUCAUCCCACCCACAGGUUUGAUCCGGGCCCCCUGUGGUCUCUGCCCGGUUUUUGACGACUGCCAUGAAGGUGGCGAGAUUUCACCAUCUAACUGUAUUUACAUGACAGAGUGGCUCGAAUUUUAAUAGAGAGCUAUGGACUUUAUUGACAUUUUGCAAAUGAAGUUUCUUUGGAAGCAAAUAAUUUAUGAUGGAACAUCAGAUUCCCUUAAAAGCAAACUUCACAGUAAUGGAUGUAGACUUGCUGCUAUGAAAAUAUACUUUUUUUUUUUUAUCUGUGAAGACUAAAUUUAUAUUGGUAGAAUAGCCAACAGAAUAUAAAGAAGGUAAGAUUAGUAGUGAAAUCUAUUCUUCAGUAAAAUACUCUGAAGUUCUGGAAGACCACAUCUGAAGCUGUCAAGACUUUUGAUUGUUAAAGGAAAAAGAAUCCAACAAAUCCAUAUUUACCAAUGGAUAAUGGCUACAGCCUAAGAAUGCUCAUUUUUAAGUUAUUUAUUGAGGCCUUCAUUGGGAAUUGUUUAUAUCUGGUACACUAUCACCAUUUCUGUUUUCUAUUUUCUCAGUGGUUCCAUUGAGAAGAAAUUAAAAGCUGUGAAGGCAGGAAUAGUAGAGGCGUCUACGCAAACUUGGGGUGUGAAUGGUGGAGAAUUGGAACAUCCCUUUUCCACACAGUUAAAUCCUUUUUACGUCAGAAAUAUUUUUUCAGAGGAUUAUGCCGCUGUAUUUACCUCAAACUUAUGAUGACUGUUUUCAAGGAUAUGUUUUCAAUGCAUAAAGAUUAUCAUUCUCAUCCUAAAGGGGGUAUUUUCACUGGUCCUUUGUUAAAAUCUUAACAGGUUUCACUCUGUGGCUCAAUUUUAUUAUUUACUACAACUUUCCCCUAGAUUCUCAUCAUUUAACUAAAAUUAAAACUAAAAAUAACCUA